GCCACUGUCUUUCUUAAUUUGAGCCAUCUUCACAUGGCCAUGAGUGACCCGAGUUCAAAUCCUGCAGACUGGGUGCAAUUCUAUCAAGGGCAGGGGCAGGGGUCUGGCCGACAAAUGGCGCAUCCUCAUUCAUCGGCGAUGUUCGGCCGGGCUCCAAUGGUUGCAGAAGCAAUUGUAACCACGACUACUACGGCUACCACGGCUUCCUCGAUCAGCUCAGGCACUAUGAAUAGUGCCACCACUCACUUAAACAAUGAAACCCGUGGUGGUAGACCGGCUCGUCGUCGUUCUAGGGCUUCAAGAAGGGCUCCGGUCACUCUCUUAAACACAGACACAACAAAUUUUCGAGCCAUGGUGCAACAAUUCACCGGCGUACCGACUGCUCCAUUUCAAUCGACAGUCCAUCCUAGUGGCCCAAAUUUUGAAUUUGGGAGCCACGAUCGUCGACUAGGGACGAUGGGUCCACCGGCACGACCUUAUUAUCAUCAUCAUCUAUAUUCUCAUCAACAUCAGCAGCAGCAGCACCAGCAGCAGCAACAACAACAUCAACUAAGGCAAGAAGAGUCCAUGUUUUCAGUGGGCCAUGGUACUGAUGUCUACCAUCCAGGGUUUGGAAACCCUAGGCCCCACUUGGAGAUUUCACAAGGGUUUUUGGAGAGUCUUUCUUCUCAUGUGAUGCCUAGACAGUCGUCCACAGAAAAUGACACUAGUGGUUUCAUUUUAUGAAUUAGAUUAACCAACGUAGUCUCACGUGCCAACUUAUCACAUGGGUAGCACAUCAUAGCCGUGCAUAAGGUGGGUCUCACCAUAAAAGAGUCUAGUACAAAAUUCAUGCAAGUCCGUUCAUCAAGUAGGCCAUGAGUGUACGUGUGAAUCAUACCACACAUGGAUUGAUUUGAACCAUCCAUUGUUUUCGUACAGAUAGCCAUUCAUCUGGUGAGUGGACCAACAGGAUUUUUGUGCCAGGUGGAUGUCCUAUGCAAGUGACACGUUGGCAUCUGAAAUCAUUCCCCUUAACUGUUAGACAGAGGCAUAGAUAGCUGCAAUGACACUUGUAAAUAUCUAUUCCCAAUGAGAUAUCUUUGCACACAUCUUAUAUACGAGUUUUAUAUAAUGUACGGUUUUGAUUUCA